AUGCUAAUUGUUUUACUCUCAGGAAUCAACCAGUGCCAGCCUAAUCCUUGUCAGAACAAUGGAGUUUGUCAACCUUCAUUCGAUCCAGAAAAUUGUUAUGAUUUUACUUGUGCCUGCUCAGGAUGUUUUACCGGCCAACUCUGCACUACAGAAUUGGAUCCAUGCACCCCAAACCCAUGUGCUCGUGGACAGUGUCGACCGGUAACUGGUUCCUGUGAUCUGUACUCCUGUCAAUGUCCUGUUUGUUUUGCUGGUGAUAUUUGUAACAUACCCAUUAAUCUGUGCGCAAGUAACAAUCUCUGUCAGAAUGGUGGAACUUGCACCAUGAGUUCGAACUGCCAGCAAAUCAGUUGUUCAUGUGAUAGUUGUCACACUGGUGAAUACUGCGAGAACCUCGUUGAUUUAUGUCAAACUAAUCCAUGCCAGAACAAUGGAUUCUGCCGGAGUACAUGCCCGACAUAUACGUGCACAUGUGAUCAGUGUUGGACUGGGCAAAACUGUGAUAUUGCUGUAGAUGCCUGCGCUGCCAUCCCAUGUAGAAAUGGUGGAACCUGUACUGACUACUGCACCUAUUAUACCUGUCAGUGUUCUUCAUGCUGGACAGGGCAAAACUGCGACAUCCCUAUAAACCCUUGUGCCAACAACCCCUGUCUGAAUUCUGGACAGUGUGUGUCUAACAGCGACUGUACAUCGUAUACCUGUAACUGUCCUGCAUGCUAUGAAGGAAGCAGCUGUGAAAUAGCACUGAAUCCAUGUCAGCCUAAUCCCUGUCUGAAUGGUUACUGUCAGCAACAGCCCGGAUCCUGUAUUGAAUAUACUUGUACCUGUCAAGGCUGCUAUGUUGGAAACAACUGUGAAACACUUCAAAACCCAUGCCAACAAUUGCCAUGUCUAAAUGGCGGAUUCUGCGUGCAGACGCCUGGAUCUUGUACGGAUUUCACCUGUUCCUGUCCACAGUGCUACACUGGAUCUCUCUGUGAAAUAAUGCUUAAUCCGUGUGAUAACAAUCCAUGUCAGAAUGGUGGAGUGUGUGCGGCUGUGCCUGGUUCUUGUGUACAGUACACAUGUCAGUGUCCAGGAUGUUACAUCGGAGUAAACUGCGAAACAUUGCAAAACCCAUGUGUACCCAACCCUUGUCAGAAUCAAGGCAUGUGUCUACAAACGGCUGGUGUCUGUGACACCUAUCAGUGUCAGUGCUCUGGAUGUUUCACUGGCACUAACUGUCAAACUGAGAUCAACCCAUGUUCCAACUUCCCAUGUCAGAAUGGUGGUCAGUGUAGUCAGUCUCAGAAUGACUGUCAGGAAUUCACGUGCCAGUGUUCAGGCUGCUUUGUAGGAGAUAACUGUGAAACAUUGCUCAAUCCAUGCCAGCCAAGCCCAUGUGCAAAUGGCGGUUUCUGUGUACAAACACAAAAUUCCUGCACUGAAUUCACCUGUUAUUGUACUGGCUGUUUCUCUGGCAAUAAUUGUGAAGUUGAAUUGGAUCCUUGUAGCCCUAAUCCAUGUGAAGCUGGUGGUGUAUGUACUCCUUUUGGGUGUUCAAACUAUGCAUGUCAAUGCCCAAGCUGUUUCACUGGUACAAACUGUGACAAUGCCAUUAAUCUGUGUAGUACUCAGAACUUUUGCCAGAACGGAGGUGCAUGUGUUCAAAAUACAGACUGUACCGGUAUCCAAUGUAUAUGUGAUGACUGUUUUGAGGGAACAUAUUGCGAAAGAGUCAUAAACAUGUGUGCGACGAAUCCGUGUCAAAACCAAGGAUUCUGCGAAAGUAACUGCCCUGGCUUUGCUUGUACGUGUGGUGCAUGUUGGACUGGACCAACUUGUGAAAUUGCCUUGGAUGUGUGUCAAAGUAAUCCUUGUCAGAAUGGUGGAACAUGUACUAACUAUUGUACUUAUUAUACCUGUCAAUGUUCGUCUUGCUAUACUGGAGAUUUGUGCCAAACAGCUGUUAACCCAUGUCAAAACAGUCCCUGUCAGAAUGGUGGACAGUGUCAAACAUCAAGUGAUUGUUCCGGCUUCACCUGCUUUUGUCCUGAAUGCUACUCAGGUCUUAGCUGUGAACAAUUCAAUGAUCCAUGUGCCAGUAGUCCUUGCCAGAAUGGAGGUCUGUGUCAGUCACAGAUGGGUAACUGCAAUCAGUAUAACUGUGUGUGUCAAGGCUGUUACACUGGACUAACAUGUGCCACAUUGUCUCAUGGAUGUGAACCAUUCAAUCCAUGUCUGAACAAUGGUGUAUGUCAGCCGGUACAAGGAUCAUGCGACUCUUACACCUGUUCAUGUCCAGGAUGCUAUACUGGCGCUAACUGUGAAAACAGAAUUGACCAAUGCCAACCUAGUCCUUGUGCAAAUGGUGGUGUAUGUAUCCCCACUGCUAAUUCCUGUACACAGUUUUCUUGCACAUGUCCAGGCUGCUAUACUGGAUUCCUUUGUGAUACGUUAUUGGACCCUUGUGCAUUCAACCCAUGUCUGAAUGGUGGUCAAUGUCAGCAGGUGCCUGGAUCAUGUACAGACUUUACUUGUGUAUGCAGUGGAUGUUACACCGGCACCACAUGCAAUCAACUGAUCAACCCAUGUCAGUCGCAGCCAUGUCAGAACUUCGGUCAGUGUACUGUAGUUGCCAACUCGUGUACGGAGGUCACUUGUACAUGUACUGGAUGUUAUACUGGGUCAUUUUGUGAAAUACUACUCGAUCCAUGUACUCCCAAUCCAUGCAGCAGUGGUGGUCAGUGUACCAAACUAGGGUGUAAUGAUUAUCUUUGUGACUGUCCAGCCUGUUAUACAGGACCAAACUGCCUACAACAGAUCAACCUCUGCCAAACCCAGAACUACUGUCAGAAUAGCGGCGCAUGCACGAUGAAUGCCGACUGCACUGGAAUACAAUGUCAAUGUCCGUCGUGUUACACUGGUCCUUACUGCCAGUCUAUCGUCAAUGUCUGUGAACAGCAAAACCCAUGUCGAAAUGGAGGUCUGUGUACCAGUAAUUGUCCAGAUUACUCCUGUCAGUGUGGUGCUUGUUGGACUGGGAGUACAUGUGAGAUUCCUGUGGAUCUAUGUGCAACCGUACCCUGUCAAAAUGGCGGUACAUGUACCAACUUCUGUACUUCCUAUAUCUGCAGCUGUCCCAGCUGUUAUACUGGUACUAACUGUAACAUAGCCAUUGAUCCAUGUACUACCAAUUCCUGUCAGAAUGGUGGCACUUGUAUGGCAGUGCCUGGAUCGUGUACAGACUUCACAUGUACAUGUCCAUCAUGUUGGUCUGGACCAAGGUGUAACAUUCCUGUGAAUGUAUGCGCUACAAACCUGUGUCAGAACGGUGGCACAUGCAUACCAGUGUUUGGUGACCUAACCUGUACACAGUAUCAGUGUAACUGUGCGGGCUGCUUUACUGGACCUUACUGUGAAAAUUUCCUAGAUCCUUGUGCCAACUUCCCAUGUGAAAACGGUGGUACAUGCCAGUCUGUACAGGCAUCCUGUUCCUUGUUCACAUGUACAUGUCCUGGGUGUUACACUGGAUCUACAUGCUCCCAACUGUUGGAUCCCUGUACUCCGGCUCCAUGCUUUAAUGGUGGUACUUGCCAACAACUAUCAUGUACAACCUACCAGUGUUCAUGUCCUGAGUGUUACCGUGGUGAAAACUGUCUGGAGUUUAUUAAUCCAUGCGAAAAUACUCCCUGUCAGAAUGGUGGAUUCUGUAUUCCAACAACCGGAUCGUGUACACAGUUCACUUGUAGCUGUCCAUCAUGUUUCACAGGUGCACUCUGUGAUCAACCUGUUGAUAUAUGCUCACCCAAUCCAUGCUUGAAUGGCGGACAGUGUACACCCAGAGAUGGAUCUUGUUUUGACUACACCUGUACAUGCCAAGGAUGUUACACUGGAUUCAACUGUGGACAGUUUAUUGACCCAUGCCAGCCAAAUCAGUGUUAUAAUGGAGGUACCUGUAUCCCCGUCGUUGGUUUCUGUAAUCAGUUUACUUGUAGCUGUCCAGAGUGUUUCACCGGAGACAACUGUCUACAAGCUAUCAACGCCUGUGCUAAUAAUCCAUGUCAGAAUAACGGUAUAUGUACACCUGUGGUUGGCAGUUGUCAACUAGUCACAUGUACAUGCAGUGGAUGUUAUACUGGACAAUACUGCACACAAUUGCUGGAUCCAUGUGCCGGCUUUCCAUGUGCCAAUGGUGGUACAUGUACACCUGUACCAGGUUCAUGUACAGACUUUACAUGCAGCUGUCCAGGCUGCUAUACCGGUCGAACAUGUCUUACAUUGGCCGAUCCUUGCCAGAACAAUCCAUGUGGUAAUGGAGGAACCUGCAUUCAGAAUACAUGCAGUUCAUACAGCUGUAUGUGUGACGCUUGCUACUAUGGGGAUAACUGUGAAAUUCCUCGUAAUCCAUGCCAACCGAAUCCAUGUGAAAAUGGCGGUUUCUGUCAGAAUGCUCCGGGUUCAUGUAUCCAGUAUACCUGCACAUGUCCAACGUGCUGGACAGGAAACCAAUGUGAAGUUGCCAUCAACGCCUGCGACAGUUCGCCGUGUAACAAUGGUGGUACGUGUCAACUAGUUCAGGGAUCGUGUACGUUCUACAACUGUCAGUGUGCUGGCUGUUACACCGGGCAGACCUGUAAUACAUUGAAUGAUCCCUGUGCUAAUAAUCCUUGUUCCAAUGGUGGUACAUGCUUACAAGAAGGUUGCUUCACUUACUCCUGCUCAUGUCCAGUAUGUUAUACGGGUUCUAACUGCUUGCAGUUAAUCAAUCCCUGCAACUCGUUCCCAUGUGGAAACAAUGGAUUCUGCAUACCAACCGAUGGAUCCUGUGUACUCUAUACCUGUCAAUGUAGUGGAUGCUUUACUGGUCUUGACUGUACAACUCCGAUCAAUGCAUGUGACAGUGCUCCAUGUCAAAACAAUGGUCUUUGUGCACCAGUUGAUGGCAACUGUUAUUCCUAUACCUGUACCUGUACUGGUUGCUUCCAAGGAUUCAACUGCGAUCAAGUAAUUGAUUCAUGUGCCAAUAACCCAUGUUUCAAUGGUGGUACCUGUGUACAGAGUCCUACUACAUGUUAUGAUUAUUCGUGUUCCUGUCCAGAAUGCUUCACUGGAUCGAAUUGUCAGAUUCCUUUGAAUCCAUGUCAGAACAACCCGUGUCAGAACAACGGUUUAUGCAUACCAGAUCAGAACAACUGUAAUGAUUACUCAUGUACCUGUUCCGGAUGCUGGACGGGAGAUUUCUGUCAAACAGCAAUCAAUCCAUGCUCCAGUUUUCCAUGUCAGAAUGGUGGAACAUGUCAGUCUGUGGUUGGGUCAUGUACUGAUUACACAUGUUCCUGUCUUGGGUGCCAGACUGGACCUUCCUGUGAAAUUGCAAUGAAUCCCUGUAGCCCUAACCCAUGUAGUAACAACGGAGUCUGUCAACCUUUGGCUGGCUCGUGUACAGCGUAUAUGUGUAUUUGUGACGAGACUUGUUUUACGGGAACCAAUUGUUUGGAACGUGUCAAUCCAUGUGUAAGCAACAACCCGUGUUUGAAUGGUGGUAACUGCUCACCCGGUGCACUAUGCGGUGAAUAUUCAUGUCAGUGUACCGGAUGCUUUACUGGUACCGACUGUAGCACUCCUAUUAAUCCAUGCGAUAGCUUUCCGUGUCAGAAUGGUGGUAACUGUCAACAGACGUUCCAGACGUGCGAUUCAUAUCAAUGUGUGUGCUCACAGUGUUAUACUGGUAACAACUGCGAAACAUUUGUGAACCCAUGCGUUAACAACCCUUGUCAGAACAGUGGUUUCUGUCAACAGGUGGCCGGUUCAUGUACAGAAGUCAACUGUAUUUGUGACAGUUGCUGGUCUGGUGAUUACUGCACAGUUCCUAUCAGUCCAUGCUCCAGUAAUCCAUGCCAGAAUGGCGGUGCUUGUAACACGAUUGCUAACUCCUGUAACUUCUACACAUGUUCCUGUGCGGGAUGUUUCACUGGAACUCACUGUACAGAAGUAAUCAACCCAUGUCAACCUAACAACCCAUGUUUCAAUGGUGGUACAUGUAUGCAGAGCCAGUCGUCUUGUAACGAGUAUGUGUGUACAUGCACUUCGUGUUACACAGGAGCAAACUGCUUAACACCAAUCAAUCCAUGCUCCAGCAAUCCCUGCCAGAACUCUGGUUUCUGUCAACAAGUAGCAAAUUCCUGUGCAGAUUACACCUGCCAGUGUUCAAGCUGCUGGUCAGGACCCACCUGUAGUAUUGCUGUCAACGCCUGUGAUUCCUUCCCAUGCUUAAAUGGCGGUACCUGUACUAUGCCGUUCAACAAUAUCUGUACUCAGUACCAAUGCACAUGUUCAAAUUGCUACACCGGACUUAGUUGUGAAACUCCAAUCAACCCGUGUUUGUCUAACCCUUGCUAUAACCAGGGAACUUGUAUUCAGAGCAGUACUGAUUGCACUCAAUAUAUCUGUCAAUGUACUAGCUGUUAUACCGGAUUAACCUGUCUCAAUCCUGUCAACCCAUGUACGAAUGGUGUAACACCAUGUAAAAAUGGUGGAUUCUGUUCUCAAGUUCAAGGCUCUUGCACUGAAUUUCAAUGUUUCUGCUCUGGCUGCUGGGAAGGCGACACCUGCGAGACACCGAUCAAUGCAUGUGCUGUGAAUCCCUGUCUGAAUGGUGGUCAAUGUCAGUCUAUUCCUGGUGCCUGCAAUGAUUAUACGUGUAACUGUAAUGGUUGUUAUGAUGGCAGGAAUUGUGAAAUAUUGUUGAAUCCAUGUUCUCCGAAUCCCUGCUUCAACAAUGGACAGUGUUUACAGGUAUCAGGGUCUUGUGAGCAAUACACAUGCUCUUGUCCAGCCUGUUAUACUGGAACUAACUGUCUUCAACAAAUCAAUGCAUGUGCUGUUAAUCCCUGUUUGAAUGGCGGUUUCUGUCUACCAGUCUCCGGCUCAUGUGAACUAUACACCUGUACUUGUACCGGAUGCUGGACUGGUGAUAUGUGCCAGAUAGCUAUUGAUCCUUGUGCCACUUCGCCGUGUCUGAACGGAGGGUUCUGUCAGGGUGUCGCAGGGUCUUGUUCUCAGUAUACAUGUUCAUGUCCGCAGUGUUAUACAGGACAGAAUUGUGAAACGCCUAUCAACCCAUGCUCCCCAAAUCCAUGCUUGAAUGGUGGCGUAUGCAGUCAAUCAGUGUCAUGUGCACAGUAUACUUGUUCCUGUCCUGCUUGUUAUACUGGAGCUAACUGCUUCCAACUGAUCAAUCCAUGCUUUCCUAAUCCAUGUCAAAAUGGAGGCUUUUGUCAAACAAGUACCACAGGUUCCUGUACUGAUUUCACUUGUCAGUGUUCCAGCUGCUGGACAGGACCCACCUGUCUUCAAGCGAUAGAUGCAUGUGCUUCGAAUCCUUGUCAGAAUGGUGGAACCUGUUCAUCCAGUAACUGUAUGUUCUACACAUGUAGUUGUUCUGGAUGUUACACAGGGCAGAACUGUGCUUCAUUGCUGAGUCCAUGCAAUAACAAUCAGUGUUACAAUGGAGGUACUUGUUAUCCAGUACCUGGCUCCUGUUCUGAAUUCACCUGUUCUUGUGCUGGCUGUUACACCGGACGGAACUGUUUGGAAGUAAUAAAUCCAUGUUUCCCAACUAACCCAUGUCAAAAUAGUGGUUUCUGUCAACAAUUACAAAGUGGAUCAUGCGCUUCAUUCACAUGCCAAUGUUUUGGCUGCUGGACUGGACCAACAUGCACAACAGCUACUGAUGGAUGUACCAACUUUAAUCCAUGUCAGAAUGGUGGUAUAUGUUUGCCAGUUCAGGGUUCAUGUACAGCAUACUCCUGUCAAUGUGCAACCUGCUUCAGUGGACAGAAUUGUGACACUCCAAUCAAUGUGUGUGCGUCUGCCCCGUGUAGGAACGGUGGUACUUGUAUCUCAGUAGGAAAUAGCUGUACACAAUACCGAUGUGAAUGUACAGCAUGUUAUGCAGGAAGCACCUGUGAUCAAUAUAUUGACCCGUGCUCGAGUAACCCCUGUCAGAAUAAUGGUUUCUGCCAGUCCACACCUGGUAUCUGUUCACAGUACUACUGUCAGUGUACUGGAUGCUACACUGGGUUACAGUGUCAGACUACCAUCAAUCCAUGCAGUAAUGAUCCAUGUCUGAAUGGUGGUGCAUGUUUCCCCCAGUCUGGUUCAUGUAAUUCCUAUCAAUGCCAGUGUACUGGCUGCUGGACUGGUGCCAAUUGUGAAACAGCAAUGAAUCCUUGCCAGGUUUCACCCUGUCGCAAUGGUGGAUUUUGCAGUCAGAUCUCAGGAUCAUGUACUCUGUAUAGCUGUGCUUGUGUUGGAUGUUUCACUGGAAUCAAUUGUGAAUCACCGAUUGACCAGUGUGCCAACAACCCAUGUCAGAAUAAUGGCUACUGCAUCCCAAUACAAGGCUCCUGUACUAACUACCAAUGCCAGUGUUCAAGCUGCUGGUCUGGUUCAAAUUGUGAAAUUGCUGUUGAUGUAUGUAUUAGUAAUCCAUGUCAGAAUAAUGGUGUUUGUCAAAACUACUGCAACUACUACACAUGUUCCUGUGCAGGCUGCUGGACUGGCUCCAAUUGUGAUAUAUCCACCAGUGUGUGUAAUGCUAACCCCUGUCAGAAUGGCGGUGCAUGUCUACAGGACCAAAACUCUUGUUCCCUUUACACCUGUUCCUGUAGUAGUUGUUGGACUGGUGGCAAUUGUAAUGUCUUGGCCAAUCCAUGUUCCACCAACCCAUGUCAGAACGACGGUAUAUGCCAGAAUGGCUGUCCAACAUCAUAUACUUACACCUGUACCUGUGAUGACUGCCACACUGGACAGAACUGUGAAAUCUCUGUAAGUGCAUGCACUAACAACCCAUGCCUAAAUGGUGGUACUUGUGAUGACUUCUGCAGAUAUUAUACAUGUCAGUGUCCGCCUGGCUACAGAGGCACAAAUUGUGAAAUUAGAUUGGAUGCUUGUGAAUCAUCACCCUGUCUGAAUGCUGGUGUCUGUAUAAACUACCAGACGUACUACGAGUGUCAGUGUUCGGACUGCUGGAGAGGACUUCGUUGUCAAAAUUCUGUAAAUGCUUGCGCUAAUAGCCCAUGUCAGAAUGACGGUACAUGUAACAAUUACUGUACUUACUAUACCUGUACUUGCUUGCCUGAGUUUGAAGGCUUGAACUGUGAGAUCCCUAUUAACCCAUGCAGGAGUUCACCUUGCAUGAAUGGCGGCACCUGCGAGAAUCAUAUCUCGUACUACACUUGUAUUUGCCCGGCUGGUUGGACUGGAAGCAGGUGUGAAAUCGCUAUCGAUGAAUGUGCAAGCAAUCCAUGUUUGAAUGGUGGUACCUGUAUUGAUUUUGUCAAUGGUUAUGUAUGUGAAUGUACUUUUGGCUGGAGAGGUUUUCACUGCGAGAUCCCAAUGGGUUGUGUUGUCAAUUACACUAUACCAGAUGGCGGAUCAAUUGAAAUCCAGACACCUAACUACCCGGCAAACUACAAAGAUUAUGAGUACUGCCUGUGGAUUCUUUCCAUUUCACCUGGAAGGCGUAUUCGAGUUGUGGUUAAUGAUUACGUCACUGAACUUCACUAUGAUUGGUUUGAAUCUGGCAAUGGCAACAAUCCUGAUAAUCUGGAGAGUCGUAUCAUACACCAGUCUGGCGAUGAGUGGCCUGAUAAUUACAUCUCCACGGGUAAUGUCAUAUGGAUCCGGUUCACUAGUGAUCAUGAAAAGACUGAGAGAGGCAUAUCUGUGACAGUUAUGGAUAAUUCUCUACCUGUCACACGGCCUUGUGUGAGUAAUCCAUGUCAGAAUGGUGGUGUUUGUGAGGAACGUGUAGAGAGCUUUGUAUGUACAUGUCAACUUGGAUGGGCUGGACUCACCUGUGAACAGCAAGAUAUCUGUUUCCCCAAUCCAUGUCUGAAUGAUGGUGUAUGUACAGGGCUAGUUGAUGACACCUACUUGUGUGGGUGUCUUCCUACUUGGACAGGAACGAGGUGUGAAAUAGAAAUUGGCGGCACGAUUACUUGUGAUGAUUACACAUGUGCAAAUGGUGGAACAUGUACUGAUGUGGGUCAAAAUCAAGUAAGAUGUACCUGUGCAACAGGUUAUACUGGACAGUUCUGCACCACUGCUGUGAAUUACUGCGAAAAUUUACCAUGUUAUAACAAUGGAGCAUGUAUCCAAGCUGGUGGUACCUACUACUGCAACUGUUUGGAUGGUUGGCAAGGCGACGACUGUUCACAAAAUGUCAAUGAAUGUCUGACUAUAGGUCCAUGUAUGAAUGGUGGUCAGUGUGUUGAUCUCACUGGCACCUAUAUGUGUAAUUGUAUUCCCGGAUUUGAAGGAUUAAACUGUGAAUUAGAUGCUAAUGAGUGCUUAAGUCAGCCAUGUCUGAAUGGUGGAACAUGUGUGGAUAUGACCAAUAGUUUCUCAUGUCAGUGUGAACCAGGAUAUGGUGGUGAUCGCUGUUCUGAAGAAAUUUCCUCAUGCCAAAACGGUGGUACCUUGAUGGGAAAUAUAUGCUCCUGUACAUCUGAAUGGACUGGUUAUGACUGCAGUGAAGAUGUAGAUGAAUGUGUAGUCCAAAUAUCUCCAUGUAAUAAUGGCGGCACAUGUCAAAACAAACAACCAGGAUACAUCUGUAAUUGUUUACCUGGCUAUGGUGGACCAACCUGUCUAACAAAUAUAGACGACUGUAUUGGAACUCCCUGUCAGAAUGGUGCAACAUGUGUGGAUGGUGUCAACAGUUUCUUAUGUCUGUGUGAUUUGGGCUUCUCUGGAACCUUUUGUGAAACUGUGAGUGUUAGUUGUCAAAAUGGUGGAAUUCUAGAUGGCAAUGACUGUCAGUGUCCCCCUGAAUGGACUGGUAAAUACUGCACUGAAGAUGUAGACGAAUGUCUAUUGCAAACACCAUGCCGUAAUGGUGCAACUUGCAUUAAUCAAAAACCUGGAUACUAUUGUACCUGUUUACCUGGCUACAGCGGUCUAUACUGUGAAACAAAUGUCAAUGAGUGCGAUAGUAACCCCUGUCUUAACGGUGGAUCAUGUGUGGAUAAUAUCAAUAGGUUUAUGUGUAUAUGUUUGUCAGAUUACUCUGGCAACCACUGCGAAGUAGGGCCAGGUGGUACCAUUAAUACUGGUGGAGGUGAUGGGGGUGGCCUGGGAUCGGAUGGACUUUUACUGGAUCCAUGGUGGAUUGGAAUCAUUGUGGCACUGGCAGUACUUAUCAUAGUCUUUAUAAUUAUUUUAGCAUGUACAAGACGAAAAAAGAAAGACAGAGAAUAAUGAAUCUAAAAGUGUCCUUUGGGAGGGUGGAAGUUUAGAGGUAUCCAGCAAAUGGUCAUUUUCCAAUAACUAAAUAUUUUGUAAUAACUAAAGAACUUUGAAUUGGAUCUGCAAAUAGCUGAAAAUCUCUUCUUCCCAGUGUGUACAUUGUGUACACAAAUACGUCAUUACAAUCAGUAUCACUGGCUGGCUGGCACAGUUUUUAUAUUGAUCUCAUCUUCAAUAAAUAUCAGUCAUUUUUGUAUUUUUUUUUUUCUCGUUGAAAAGACUCUAUUCACAGUUUUCAGACAAAUUUCAUCCUUAGUAUUCAGUAUUUUUUUGUCUUUUGUAUCGUAUUAAAUAAUAAUGUUUUCAUUGGAGAACAUUCUAAUUUACAAAUUGAUAAAGUUUACAGAAGCGAGUUUUAAAAAAAAAUAAAAGAGAGAGAAAAAAAAAUGACAGGCUUUUCCAAAACUUGCCACCUUGAUGUGCAGUUACAUGGUAAGAAGAUAGAACAUCAGUAUACCAAAAUUUAAAUUAAAAGAUAUCAACUACGUACACAUGAUUGGCGCAUUAACUUUAUUAUUGUUUAGCAUAUGUGUAGUCAAUAUGGAUGAAUUUUAUUAGCAUCUUAUUCAUUUUUUCAUCUAUUUAAAAUUAAAUGCUAUUUUUAGUGAUUUUUAAUUAUUACUUAUUAUGUAUAGUAAGUGCUGAAACAUAUAUGCAAUAAUCAACAACAAAACUUUUACCUGUUGACUGUUACUUAAACUUUUCUUUUAAUUUGAUUUUUUUUUUUUACGAGUACAAGCUUCACAUUUUUUUUUUGCCCGUUGAUGUACUAUUCAGAAUACAUUGUUGUUUUAUUUUAUAUUCUUUACAGAUGUAUUUAGUUGUGAACACACCAGUGCAGUGAAUGUAGAGACGUUUAUAUUUUGUAUGUUUUCGUUGAAUUCUUCCAAAAUGUUAAAACUAGUUUGUAUAUAUAUAUAUAUAUUAUGAAAAUAAUACAUGGAAAGUACUAUUUUGAAAUGAUCUCCCACCAGUUUCUAUUUCCAGUUUGGAUCAGUUUUCUUUCGCACCGUGUUUGCUGUACAAACAAUAGCAAGUUAUUGCAAAUAUCAAUUGCACUGGUGUUUUAU